AUGCGCGGCCUGGCGGCAGAUCUAGCCAUUUACACGGACCCUUUCUACACCGCGACCUAUUAUGCAUCUACCGAUUGUCUUCGCAUACUUUUGGAGCAUCACGCUAUCCAUGGAACUCUAGCUCAAUUGGAGGCUCCCAACUCGACAGACUAUCUGCUACUAAAUGUGGCCAGCAGCAGAGCUCAUCUCGAUAUGGCACGUUUUCUGUUGGAUUGUCAACCUGAAUAUGUUGAUAUUCACGCCCGGAAAUGGGACACGACGGCCUUGCUCUGUGCAGCUGCUUCGUUUACCUCGCACCUUCCGGACACGGUGCCAGCAUCGAGUGAACCAGAAGGAAAUCUACGCCAUCACGUGGCUCGUAGUGAAGAGCUAAUGCAGCUUCUACUUGACCGAAGUGCUUGCGCUCGCGAUAUCACAAAUCGCGCGAACAUUCAUAAAACGGUUCUCAGUCUAGCCAUCUCUAGGGCGAGUCCUGGAUUGGUGAAACGUCUCAUCGAUGAAGGCGCAGACGUGCAUGCAAAGACAACAAGAGAGCUAGAGUCUUGGUCUGGAUACGAUGAAGAGCUUCUCAAAGAUUUCACUCCUCUUCAUGUGGGUAGCUUGUAUCUGAAUUCCGAAGGCAUCCAAAUCCUGCUGGACCGUCGAGGCAGCGGCAUCGACAUUUCAGAUAUGUUAUUAUGCCGAGAUAGUUUCGAAUCUCUUCCCCUUCAUUGGGCCGCUGGGAGCUUCAAUCAGCCUGAGAACGAAGUUUGGGCCAGAGACGAUGUUGUUGCCCAAGCUACCGACUCCAUUAAUUUACUCUUGAAAGGUAGUAAUCCAAGCUCUAUCAACAUUCCAGAUAAGCGAGGAAACACGGCAUUGCAUCUCGCAUCAUCUGGAGAAGCACAAAGCGGUAGCGAACAUUCCUUUGUCGCUCGGGCUAUUGUGAAGCUCUUGCUCGAACACGGCGCAGACGCGGGUCUACGAAAUCAAAAAGGACAAAUGCCGCUAUAUUUAGUAACUAAGGAUACGGCACUGAUGGAACUCCUUCUGACGAAUGGUGCGGCUCUCAAUGACGCCGAUGCAGAUGGCAAUACCGCUCUUCACUUUGCAGCGAGUAAUUUGCGUUAUAUCGAGGCAGUGCGAUUUCUCAUCAGCCGAGGCGCCGAUCUCCAUGCCAGAAAUUCUAAAGGGAAUACGCCGCUACAUGAAGCAGCGGGCGGGUAUUAUAUGAACGAUAAAAGGCGUUUGACUAGUGGAUCCUAUCGCGAUGGGCAUAUGCGUUGGACAAACGCUGAUUUGAUGAGAUUGCAGGACGAGGUGAUGGGUGUCUUUUUGGAUGCUGGAUGUGAUCUUGAUCACCAGUGUAACGUAGCUGGUAAAACACCUCGAAUGAUACUGAGGGAAACGAGGCGAAAAUGGGAAGAAAGGGAAGAAUCUUGGAGGAGGAGUGAUAAAAUAAGGGCCGGAAGGGGAAGAGGAAGGGGCAGGGGAAGGUAG